AAACCAGGCCUCAGUCGUGCGGAGGAUUUCAAACCAAUAAAAUCGUGAAAACCUUUGACAAACCGGAGGUUAAUGGGGAGACGACCUCCCCGUAUCGUAUCAGGUGUAACAGCUUUGACGCGGAUUCCUUCCUUAUCUACACAUUGUCUUGCUUAUCGGACCGGGUAUCUUGACAUCUGAAGCUCCUCCGAUAAGGAGGAGGAUAAGACAAGCUUCUUCUACUUCGUUAUCGAGAACCUCAUCGAUGCCGCUACAAAUCGGAUUUGGUGCAGUGCUGAACGUACCGUUGAAGCAAUCACAGAGUCUAGCCAUGUCUUCUUCUACCAGUGGUGUCGUCGUUGAGAGACGUGAAGAACCCGUGGCCGAGGAACCGACUCCGGUUACGGUGAACGCCGUGGCCAAGUACGAGAGGAAUUCCGUUUCGAGUGGCUCGACUCCGACGAGUCGUUCCGGAGGAACCAGCCGGCAGGAUUCGAACAGUGGUGGUGCCGGUGACAAGCACAAGUCCCUGGUCUACAACGAUGGACAGUUCAGUAUUACGUUGCACCACUACGAUAGUAUCGUGAGCGAGUUGAAGUGUCCAGGAUGUGCUCAGCCGAUGUAUGGACCGAUUCGCCUCUGUCAAAGUGGCCACAGUAUUUGUGCGCACUGCUGCGGAAAAGUUGGACUAACGACCUGUCCCCUCUGCCAAAAGAAGAUAUCCGAAAUCCGUAACUACACCUUGGAAGCCUUGGCGGCCAAGGUCCAAUUUCCGUGUAUGCACGCGACUCGGGGCUGCAAGGUUCGGCUUCCACUGCAACUGCUCUGGUGGCACAAGGAUCGCUGCGGCUUUAAGCAGAUCGAGUGUUUUAUGGGGAAGGUUUGGGAGAACUGUAGCUGGCAGGGUUGCGAGAAGAAUUGGAUCGCUCACUGUACCGAGGAGCACCAGGAUAAGGUUUACUGCAGCCCGGACAUAAUCCUGACCUGGAACUACGCCGCCGAUAGUCAGCGGUGCAUCCAGCUGCAGUCGGUGAUUGCGUACUACGUGGUGAGGACCUACGGGGAAUACUUCAAUGUUUACCAGAUCUACGAUCAGAACAGCAGACGGACCAUUUGGACGGUGAUUUGCGCUACGAAGGAGUCGAAGGUUAGUGGGAGGUUUGCGUUCGAGCUGGAGCUGUAUUCGCCGGUGGAUAGCGCCAAGUUGUUGGUGCAGCGGUUUCCUUGUCACUCGGAAAAUGACGCGGAUUUUCUGAAGGAUGGCAACUGUGCCAAGAUUGCGAUCGGGGAGGCCGUUCGGUUUAUGACUAAAGAUAAGAUCCUCUACUACCGGGUACGCAUUAUCGAAGUCACUCCGCUGCGCAGUCGCAGUUUGGUGCUGCUGGCAAGCCCAAAACUGUCCACGGUGGCCGCCAACUCCCGCGGUCAGCUUCUUCCGCUCGACUAUUCCUGCACCCAGAUCGAGCACUCAAAUAUGAAAGCCGUCCCGGAGGGGUCCAUCAUUGUGCGCACCGCAACAAGCACCGGCGAUCUUACCCGGAUGCAAUCGAACGAGAGCGACGAACGAACCGAUUCCAGAUCGGAUUGCUCAUCGGUCGAACACGAAGAACUCCCAGAGGAUGAGCAACUUUUGACGAGUGCCUCAAGUCCUGUGUUAAAUCGAGUCAACUCGCUCCCGAAACCUCCUAGAAGGGUGCAGAUGCAACAAACGACGACGGCCGAAAAUCACCAGGUGGUUCUUUGCCGACUGGUAGACCAACAGGAAGGCGUAAAAAUGAAACCGGCCUACCGGAUCGGGGGAGAAUCAAUCGUAUCCGAGCAGGGAAACAGAAAACCUUCCGUCGAUAGUUUGAAUUCUUCCUCGGCAAAAGGUCUGUCGCGCUUCUACAACGUCACCUCCUACAAGGCCGCGAAACUGUGGAACAAAACCACCGGCGGCAAGGCGGUCAAAUGAUCGAUCGAUGGUCGCCGUAAUCGAUUGGUUGAUUGGUGGUCGAAUAUGUUUUUAGAAUAGAUAGUACACUAAGUAGAAGGUUGAGUUGAUUUUGUUGAACAGUUUUUAAUAAACACCAACACAAUGUUAAAUCCUUGCAA